AUGAGCAGCAGCACAUCAAACACGUCCGCGCAUAGGGAACUAGAAAACCUACGGUCCGAAAUCGAGCGCCUAACGCGGGAGCUAGACCAGGUGAGCAGCGAAAAUAUUCAAUCUGCCAAGUAUGGACUGGGAUUGCUGGAGGAAAAACAAAACCUGCAAGUAAAAUGUGAAGAGCUGGAGGCGCUAUACGAAAACACCAAACACGAGCUCGACAUUACACAAGAGGCAUUACAAAAAUUCCAAAAAACCCAACAAGUCACCACAAAGUCGGGAAUCGAGCAGGAAGAUGCUCUGCUUAACGAAUCCGCUGCGAUGGAAACAUCACUUAACUUGCUGAUUGUAGAAUUGGAAAAUGAAACCAAGCAACUGCGUCACGAGCUAGACCGGGUAACAAGCGAGCGAGAUCGCAUGCUGCAAGAAAAUGCCGAAAUCGGUCGAGACAAAUCCGGCACCGAAGCGGAACGAGCACGUCUUAAGGCGGAACUCAAAGAUAUGAAAUAUCGUGAAGCUCGUAUGCUGGCUGAUUAUUCGGAGCUAGAGGAAGAAAAUAUUUCCCUCCAGAAACAAGUGUCCAGUUUGAGGAGCUCGCAGGUGGAAUUCGAAGGCGCAAAGCACGAGAUCCGCAGACUUACAGAAGAAAUUGAGCUUCUAAACUCACAGGUGGAAGAAUUGGCUAGUCUUAAGAAAAUAGCUGAAAAGCAGAUGGAAGAUGCCUUGACUGCAUUGCAAGUUGAACGAGAGAAUAGAUACGCUUUGAAGAAAGAGCUUGAUACACAUAUCAACCGUGAAUCAAUGUACAAUAUAAGUAAUCUGGCAUAUAGUAUACGUAGUAUGGAAGAAAAUGCCCUGAAUAGCAGCGAUUGCGAAGAGGAAAAUUCCACUUUGAAGCAAUUCGAGGCUACCCUAGAGGCAGAAACGGCAGAUCUCAAAUCUCCGGAUGGCGCGAAGGGAGAUCUUUUCUCAGAGAUCCAUUUGAACGAACUUAAAAAACUCGAAAAACAGCUCGAAAUUAUGGAAACUGAAAAACUAUGCCUGACCGCCAAUCUACGCGAUGCCCAACAGAAUCUUGACAAAAGCCAAAACGAUCUGCAGAACUUCAUGGCAAAACUUCUGCUAUUGGCAGCUCAUGUGGACGCACUUCAUACGUUGAAGAAACAGAUUCAAAUGGAUGAGAGUAUAACCGUCACGUCUGCAAAGGAUAAGGAUGUGAAUGAUAAGUGCAAUGAAGCUAUCAUGCAGUAUUCGGCAUGGUUCCAACUUAGUUCGAAGGAGAUUGACACGCUAAAGUCUGAUCUUGCAGAAUUACAGAAAGGUCUUAAUUGUUCGGAUGCAAUGACCGUGCUACGCAAUGAAAUAACAAACCUUAAGAACAAGUUGUUAUCUGUGGAACAGAAGUCGCUAGACCUGCAUAGUGACAUUCAAGUCCUUACGACACUUUCGCAAACUGCCGGACAGAGCUUGAACACCACCCGAAGCAAUCUGGUAACCUUGAGCGAUGAUCUGGCGCAGUUGUACCAUUUGGUAUGUACCGUGAACGGAGAAACACCAAACCGCGUGUUGUUAGAUCAUAAAAACGAUGACUUGAGUUUUGAAAACGACUCAUUGACGGCUAUUCAGUCUCAGCUGAAAUCUGACAUACUCACCUCUAAGCCGCACGUUUUCGAAGAUCUUCAGGCACUGAGCGAUGCGGUAGAGGUACGCAAAUACGUUGACACUGUGAGUGAUCAAAUCCGAUACCUCAAAACCGCCGUCGAGCAUACGAUCGAGCUCAACAAGGAUAAGGUGGUGACCGAUUCGUCUGCCGCGUCGUCAUCAGGCGAUGUGAAAGAGGCGAAGGAAGAAAUUGCAGAUCUGCAUGAGCAAAUCAUCAAACUGCGCAGCUUAUUGUCGACUAAACGGGAGCAAAUCGCAACCCUGCGCACAGUGCUCAAGUCAAACAAGAAUACUGCUGAGGUUGCCCUCACGAAUCUGAAAUCGAAGUAUGAAAACGAGAAGUUGGUCGUCAGCGAUACAAUGUCGAAGCUGCGAAACGAGCUGCGCAUCCUAAAAGAAGACGCCGCUACGUUUUCGAGUCUGCGGGCAAUGUUUGCCGCUCGCUGCGAAGAGUACGUCACUCAGGUUGACGAACUAACUCAUCAGCUCGGAGCUGCUGAAGAGGAGAAGAAGACUUUGAAUCAGCUACUGCGUUUGGCGGUGCAACAGAAGUUAAGUCUCACGCAGAAGCUGGAGGAGUUGGAAAUGGAUCGUGAAAUGCGUGUGCGCCGACCAGCAGUUUCGCAACGAGGUGGAGGAGGCGGUGGUGGUAAAUCUGCCUUCUCUCGCGGUCAGCCAGCCCGAAAUAGCCUUCAAAAUCCGAACAGUAACAGCAAUAGUAACAAUCCGAACCAGGCUUUCUUCUAA